UAUAUGAUAUUACUCUUUCAUUUCUUAUUUGGCACACAUAUAUAUAAUACACAAUAGAAAAUCCAACAUCCCACUCUUGUGAGCCGUAAAAAAGAAGACAGAGAGAGAAGAAAGAAAAUGGAUAUGAUGAAAACAUCAAAAAAGAAGUUUACAAAAAAGAUGGUGGAAUCUAUCAAAGACAAGCUCCCAAGGCUCAGCCUCCUCCUCCUCUUCCUCCGACAAUGCUACGGAGGUUGCGGUGACCGGACCCACUUACUCCCUUGCUCCAUCGCCACCACAUCCACCCGCUUCUGGAACCUUUCAGACCGUCCCGUGGAGCUCCAGAUUCGAGUCGGUUCAAUCCUUAAACGGGUUCACACUCUCAAACCCGGCCGUUCCAAGAAGCUAAGACACAGUAACAUCCAACGAGCCUACGUGCCUGACCAGGAAGGACACAGAUGGUUGUACUACGACGACACAUGUCUACCUUACGUAUGGGUACACGAGACCGGUACGGACUUGUCGAAGAUGGUGAAGCAACAGUACGUGAGUCUCGAGGAUCUGAGGGAUUACUCGGAGAUUAGGGUUUUUAAGGAUUUACACAGAGGUUGUGUCUCUGUUGAGAAGAGAGACAGAUCUUCUGCUAUUUUCUGCUUCUGUUCUGCUUUCUGUCUUGUCUUUUUCUUUCCUUUUUUACUCUCACCGAUGGGAAUUUCCUUUAGCACCAACAGAAGACGAGACAACAACCGCCGCCACCUCUACCACCGUCCUCCGCCGCCUAACUAUUACCUCGAUCCUCCUCCGCCGCCAUUUCCACCGCAUUAUGACUACAGCUAUUCCACUUACCACAUGUCUCCGCCUCUACCACCACUCCCACUGCCACCGCCACAGAUCACCUCUUGUUCCUACGGUCAUCAUUACCAUUAUUACCCUCAGCAUCCUCAGUAUUUCACCUCCGCUCAGCCCAAUUGGUGGGGCCCAACCAUGAGGCCUGGAGUCUCCGGUCCGAAUCAGCCGGAAACGCAACCGCUUCCUCCGCCGUACGUGGAGCAACAGAACUCGAAGAAGGUGAGGAACGAUGUCAAUGUGCAUAGAGAUACGGUGAGGCUCCAAGUGGACGAUCUAGUCCCUGCUCACCAUCUAGUUUCCUUCGUCUUCGAUGCCCUUUUCCACGGCAGUUUCACUAUCACCUUCUUUGCGAAAGAGGAACCAAACUGCAUUUUUGUCCCACAGUUUCCAGAGGUUUAUUCACCGAUAAGAUUCCCCUUUCAAAAAGGUCCUGGACAGAAGUUUCUACAGCCUUCGGGUACAGGAACCGAUUUAGGCUUCUUCGCUCUUGACGAUCUGUCAAAACCUUUAGAAGAAGACGUCUACCCGCUGGUAAUAUCAGCUGAGACUCUAAUCUCUCCAAAUUCGAUCUCAGAGCAAUCAUCAGUUCAUAAGCAAGUCACACUAGCGGUGCUUGAGAAAGAUACCGAUGGAUCUUUCAAAGUGAAAGUUGUGAAGCAGAUUCUUUGGAUCGAAGGAGUGCGAUAUGAACUCCGUGAGUUGUAUGGCUCGACCAGUCAAGGUGCAGCCUCAGGCUUAGAGGACAGUGGUUCAGGUAAAGAAUGUGUGAUCUGCAUGACUGAGGCUAAGGACACGGCCGUGCUGCCUUGCAGACAUUUGUGCAUGUGUAGCGACUGUGCAAAAGAAUUGAGGCUACAGUCCAACAAAUGUCCAAUUUGCCGACAACCCAUCGAAGAGCUCUUAGAGGUCAAUGUGAACAGUAAAGAUGAACUACAUUAAUAUAGAAAAGGGUUCUUCUGUUACUUAAACACCAUUCUUGAUUAUUUCUUCUUACUUCAUCGAAAUCUUCCACAUCUGAUCUGUAUCUUCGAUAUUUGUUUGUUUCAUGACGCAUAUAGAUUUGUUUGUUUUUAAGCUUUGUAUUUGGAAGAUAUAAGCAUCAGUUUAUCA